ACGAACAAGUACAUCCUGGUACGUAUGGUCACAUGGGGAUACUUUACGGGCUGAAGAUGGCUUACCGGUGCGAAAGUGUGCCGGCCUCCCGGAGCAUUCACCUGCAGUUGCAUGUGGAUGGGUUCUCACCAUUUAAUUCCUCCGGAGAGCCACGCGUCCAUGAGCCAAGCCAUGUGGACUGCAAGGCCGAUGCAACCCACGGAGUUCUCCCUACCGACCUCCAACAUUGAGGAAUUCAUGGAGUUGGAGGGGAAAUUACUGGACCCCGAACUCCGUCGAGAAUUAACUACUCACAUGAACUCAACACCCGCCGGCACGGUAUCCGAGGCUGUUCGGUACAUGCUGGACAGGGUGAUGAACAGAGAUGUCUUGCGUCAGCUUAACUUCGCCGGGGCCAACAAUGCUAUACCAUUCAAGAAGACGCAUACAUUCAGUGCGCUUCAAGAAGUUAUCAUUAACCGCUUUGGGUGCACGGGCAACGCCGUUGCGAACUGCGUUUGCAAAUGGCUACAGAUUACCCGGAGCAACAUGCACCGACGUACAUCUGCAACAUCCAGCAGUCAGGAUUCCCAGGCUUUGGAAGUGAUAGAUUUGGACAACCAAUGCAUCCGGGAACCGCGGACAACCAUGUAAAUAUUUCCC